AUGCUGCAAGCAACGGUCCUUGGGACCGGUACAUCGGCAGCGACUACUUUCUACACGCAGUCCGAUUCGCCUGCACGCUCCUUUCUUGCGCAGCCGCGAUCGCUCGACCCAUCUUCCAAGCCCUCAGGGCGGUAUGACGGAACGAGCUACGGCGACGAGCGCCUAACUUGGUCCGGGCCAGAGGUCACAUGGACGCGCGGCGUCGAGCUCAUCCGUCGGUUCAACUACUCCUAUCUGGGCCAGGACGUGUCGUGCGCCACGUUGGCAUGGUUCCAUACGCCCGAGGAGGCGUGGGUCGCCUCCAACCCUCAUGGUGGGGAAGCACGGCCAACUCCCAAAUCCCGUCCUGCCGAGGGUACAUUUGGACCAUUCCACACGAGUGCCGACGCGCGCUGGAUGGCGCGCACGAAGCGUGCGCACCGCCCUCAGGUCGGCCUCCAAAGGGCUGUGGUGGUCGUGCUACAGCGCCAGAUGGUCGUACACCUCGCCACGGGUGAGAAACACUUCCGCUACCUCUCGUUCCCCGUCGAGAGUAUCUGGGCACUUCCCAGUGGUGGGGUAUUUCUCCAGCGCCGCGUUGAGCGGUUGCGUACUACCCCACGCCUGAGCCUGGACGGCGACACGUCGCUCGACAGCCUCAGCCUCAAGCUCGAGGCGAACAAGGGCCGCGAUGCCGAGAGCCCACGUCUCUUCUCCGUGACGGGCAUGUGGGAUGAACCGCUCAAGGUCGGCGAGGCUGUCCUCGACGGCCAACGACUCGUCGGGCAGCCGAGCUAUCUCAAGGCCUCCGUCACCGUCCUGCUCGUCACGCCCGACCCCUAUCCGUUGGUCGUGGCGUGGGAUGCGGACGAGAGCAAGGUCGUCGUGUUCCGUUACACUACGGUGAUGGAGGAGGUCGAGGACGACGCGGUUGACCGACGGGCGUCCACCGCAACGCGUCUCCGACCGCACGAGCUCAUGAAGCAGGCGAACGCGCGCCGCGGGCGCCCUUCUGGAGUGGGAAGACGCAGUUCUGCUGCUGCGACCGAGUUGUUUGAACGCCCCCGUCGCCGCUCACGCCUCUCAGAAGAACCUUUCCCACCACCUGAUGUGCCUGGGGCGUUCUCUACCCGCCUCAGCUUUGGAGGCGGGCAUGAACCCAAGCUCCGCCGCGUGAGCACCGCGUCGAUGAUGCGCGAGGACAUCAACCCGUUCGGCGACCGUGACCGCGUGCUCGACAUUGUCGCCGAGGACCUCUUCGACACGACGAUGGUACACGGCCUCGGCGGGGAAAAGCAGCUCAACAACCGGCGCAGCGACAUUGUCAUGGACCGCAUCUGGGGCUGGCGUCCGCCGACCAGCAUCAUCAACCCGGCCACUAUCCGCGUCUUCCUCUCCGAGAACCGUUCCUCUGCGAGCGUGUUCCUCAACGUCCUCAUCCCGGCUGCAAACGGCCACAAGGGCCUGUUCAUCUUCCACGUCGAGCAGGCACGACCAGCGCACUACGUCUUCUCGGAGGUGCGCAUGGUCAAGUGUCUCGCAGCAGCACCAGUGCUUGCUACCCGCGCACACGUGUACGACACGCUUGCAGUCGACCUCGAGGGCGCCGCGUGGAUCCUCACUCCCUCUGGCGGCAAACUAUCCGUCACCAUCCCCCAAGUCCCCGCCGAUCUGGACGUCGCGAAUCAGUUCGCGUCGCGUUUAGGAUUAGCAGUCGGACCUCUGCGCCUUGUGGACCUCGUCGAGCCUAGUGGGAUGAACGUCACGGCCGUGUACAAUGACGGCGAGCGCGUGCGCAUCUCCACCGACAUCACUCUGCCCAAAGGCCUGUGCCGCCGCGCGAUGGAGGCACUCUCCUAUGCCCUCGCGCCAGAAGUGUACGCCGAGCUGUUCGAGGCAUACCUUGGCCGCACGCUCGGUGUGAAGUCGGGGUUGGAGCAGUGGCGCGUGCUAGCGGACGUCAUCCUGUCAAAGUGUGGAAUCGGAGCCGCAGCUCCAACUCCUGUCACGACGGACCCUACACUACUUCGCCUGGCGCGCCGGCUGGGUCGCAAACCCCCAACUAUGGCAGAGCCACAAAGCGUGGGCCCAGCUGCUUGCGCGCCCGAGAUUAUCCUUGCCCUUCAUCUCGUUGCGCAGGACUGCCGGCUCGCGUCCACCACCGAGCCUGACCUGCUCCUCAUCGCACCUGUCCUCGCACAACUGACUGCGGCCGUGGGACGACGUGACUGGCUUGACUACUGGGCUCGUUUGAUGCCCUCCUCCAUCGAGGGUGUCAGGUUCUCCACUCCCCCCACCGCCAUUGACACAUCACUACUAGACCUCUUCCCGGAGCCACCAGACGUGGUCUCGUACCUCUCGCGAUCGACAGUGAUGAAGACGUGCCCUUUCCCCAUCCCACAAUCUGCCUUCACUCACUCGUCCCCGCUCGGGUCCGUCCGCCCUUGCCUCCAGACCGAGCGGAUCACGGAGAUCUACUCUCGCCUCAGCCCUGGCAUGACAGGUUCCUCGAUUGGAUCGGCCUGCCAGCAGCGCGGCCUGGCAGUCAUACAUUACAUGUUGGAUAACGGCCUCGACGAAAAGUGGUUCGCAGACGUGCCGUUCGGUGUCGCCAUGCCUGCGGCUGAGCUCUUCCGCAUCGUGCAACAACACCCCCCAGUCGACGCGUCGCCAGCCGUCUAUUCCUUUAUCGGGCGCACCGACCUCACUAUGCUGUCGAGUACUAAGAGCUUCUCCAUCCUCGAGCUUCCUAUGGGUGCCGAGGAGGACGACGAGAAGAAGACAAUCGGCAAUAUCAUGAAGUCUGUGCACCAUCCAGGAGCCAAACACGCACACUUCUCGGCCUUGCCGCACGUCCGCUUCGGCUCGGAUAAGCGCAAGGAGGAGGUCGAGCGGAUCAUGCAGACGACACAAACGCGGACAGUGCCGAUAGAAGAUCCCAAGGGCUUGAACGAGCAGGACAUACAGACCAACUACCAGAACUACGUCAACAUGCUCGCACAGCGCACGUUCGCGGUCACUGUUGGGCAGGGCAUGUGGCAGUUUGCGUCGCGCUCCGCGCCGAUGGGUAGCACCUGGCACAUUCCGCCAUUCGACCUCAGCGUCAAGAUCGUUCCCGCCAACCAGGUGAUGCAUCCACAGAUUGCCGAGGGGGUUGAGUGGCCACACUUCCACCACGCCGUGGCUGCCGCACUUUCGAUCUCGCCGGAUUCGAAGGGCAUCGACGCGUCAUGGGUCCUGUACAACCGCCCAAGCACGAUCAACGCUGAACACGGCGGAUUCCUGCUGGGCCUGGGCCUGACAGGCCACCUGCGCAAGUUCGGCUCGAAAGAGACAUUUGCGUAUCUCCAUCUUCGGCACGAGAAGACGACGGUCGGCACGUUGCUCGGCAUGGCUGCAUCCUUCGCCGGCAGCCAGGACCCUAUGGUGACCAGCCAGAUCUCGCUGCACUCGAAUGCGCUCCUGCCGCCCGGUGCAAUGGAGCUAAACGGGUCGCCAUUGGUGCAGUCCACGGCGCUGCUAUCUAUCGGGUUGGUGUACGCUGGCUCCAAGCAUCUCCACAUGGCGGACACGACGCUUCGUGAGAUCUCGCGGACGCAGAUGGCGGGCGUCGAUUCGUUCACCGAGAACCGUGAGGCGUACUCCUUCUCAGCGUCGAUGGGCUUUGGCCUCGUCAUGCUCGGGCGCGGAGGCAAGACGCCGAGCGCAGUUGAGAACGAGAUGCUUCAGGAGCUCAUGCGGUGCAUCUACGGCAACGCCCCGGACGUCAAAUACGACGCCGCGAGCCGCAAGGGCCCACAUGUCGACCCCACGGAAACUUCGCCCGGCGCCACGCUAGCCCUCGGCCUAAUGUAUCUCCGCACGGGCCGCAAGGACGUCGCAGACAUGCUCGAGAUCCCUCAGACCGAGCUUUCGCUCGAGAGUGUCCGCCCUGACCAGCUCCUCAUUCGGACAUACGCGCGCGCGAUGAUCAUGUGGGACGAUAUCCGCGGGACAGUCGACUGGGUCAAUGCACAGUUGCCGUCAUUCAUCGAUCACAACGUCCACAAGCUCACAUACGGCCUGCUCGACCUCAACACCGAGCUGGCGUACUUCAACAUCGUGGCCGGCGCGUGCUUGGCUAUCGGUGUGCGUUUCGCUGGCCGUCCACCAGAAACCGCACACACAGUGCUCAUGAACUUCUUCGCUGUGCUCGGCAAGGCGGCCGCCGGCCAGUCCAUGACGUACGAGGCCCGCAUCAGGCGCAACGCUUCGCGUCAGGCUCUCAACACUGUCACACUCGCGCUCGCGACGCUAAUGUCUGGCACAGGCGAGCUGAACGUCAUGCGCCGCUUACGUGUGUCGCACGGGCAAGAGGGUGUUGGUGUGACCUACGGCAGCCACAUGGCGAUGCACAUGGCGCUAGGCCUCCUCUUCCUUGGUAAGGGGUAUUACUCUCUAGGCAACUCGAACAUCGCGAUCGCGGGGCUCAGCAUCGCGUUUUUCCCCCGCUUCCUCUCAAACGUCAACGACAACCGCGCCUAUCCCCAGCUGUUCCGACACCUGUGGGCGCUGGCUGUUGAGCCGCGCUGCCUGAUCUGCCGCGACGUCGACACGCGCGAGACAAUCACGUUGCCGAUCAAGAUCAAGCUUAAGGGCCGCCGCGAGCCGCAGGGUCACAUCAGCCCGACACCCGUCGCGCCCUUCUCGUCCCUUGACACGAUCUAUGUCGACUCAGUCCGGUACUGGCCGAUCCGGUACGAUCUGAGCAAACCCCGCUACCGCGACCACCUCGUGCGCACGCGCACAAUCUGGGUCAAGCGCCGGGCCGCGUUCCUCGACUACGCCGCCGACCCGAAGGGGUACCGCAGCCUGUUCGUGCGCACAGGCGUGACAAGCAGCUACGACAUGCACCACGACUUCCUCUCGGCCGCGUCGCCACUGUAUCCAGAGCCGGAAGCGUUAUCCGACCUCUUCGCCGCGCACUCCAACGACGUGGCGGUUCAUGCAGUCGGGCGGUGGUUCACCGGCCCGAGCACGCUUGAAAAGUUCAUCCGAAACGUCAUGUUCGAGUGCGUCGCGCUCGACAAGGGCGCCCUCUUCCCCGUCUACGUGGGCAUCUACCUCGCCUUGGCUGGAGACGAUGGGCUACGCCUCGCACGUGCGGCCCAGGUCGCCUUCCUCAUCCGCUUCUACCGCCCAACUGUCUUUGACAAGGACUAUGCGAACCACACGCCGGGCGAGCGCCGCCACCCGAUCCUCCGCCAGACGUUCCUUCAUGCUCUCAAGCGCCGCCUCACAGUCCCCCGCCCCGACGACGCAUGGGCAUACUUUGACUCUGGCGAGUGGCCCAGCACGAAGGCCGAGACGCUCGCGCUCUACCUCGCCGGCCGCUAUGUGCCACCAGUGCGCAUGCUGCAGGCGCUGCGUGGGCUUGUGAGCAACAGUAGUGGUGCCGAGCGUGACAUGCUCGAGUUCAAGGCGCGUGCCGUCGCGGACAAGUAUGCGGCACUUGUGGCAGCUCAGUACGACGAGGGUGAAGGGGCUGCCGACGUGCCCCAGUGGAAGCUCGACAGUGUUCAGGAUGUCGUGGGGAUGUACGCAGCCUAG